GUGGUCUCACAGUCAACAGAAGUGCUGGAGUUUGUGAAGAAAGAUUUUGAUGAGUUUACCAAAGUUGUAUCAGAAGAGGCCUCAUCUGUAGUUUCAUCAACAGCAAAUACUUUGAAGGAGAAACUAAAGCUGGAUGAUGAUGAGAGCACAGCCAGUAAUGUGAAGAAAAGUGUAAGUGGUUUCCUUAAUCAUGUUGCCGAAGUGUUUACUCCUCCGCCUGAUGAUGGCGAUCAGGAGGCCAUUGUCAUUCGUAAUCAGCAGCCCGUCAUCCUCAACAGACUUCAGGCAGCAAUAUAUGCAAUAUCACAAGAUCCAGAGACUUUCACAACGGACCCAGAAGGAGAAGAGACACAGUACGAGACCUGGGUGGAAACCUUCGACCUGGAGGCACGGCAGACUGAGUUGUCAGAUCUCCUGGUCAAUAACCAACCUUUGAGACACCAUUACACAACUCUAGUUCCAGCUCAGGUAUCCCACGUUGUGUUUUGGCAUCGAUACUUCUACAAAGUUAGCAGAUUAGAGGCUGCAGAAGCUAGACGACAGGAGCUGAAACAAAGGGCAGAGAAGACCAACACAGAAUCGGAGCUUGUCUGGGAUGAAGCAGAUGAGGACUUUGGAGGAGAUGUAGAAAUACCAGAGGAGGUCCAGACAAAGCUUCUGGAGGACUACGAGCGGGAGUGUGAAGAAAAUGGCAUGAAAAGAUUGAGUAAGACCGCAUCGCACUUGGAUACCGCGCACAAAACCGCUUCAGCAGAUGAGAAUGUGGAUGUACCUAAUUGUGAUAGUGAUUUAUCUGUCAAAGCCACUGCAUGUACAAAGUCAAUUAUGGAAGAGCUAAAAGUGGAUUUAUCAAAAAUGACAGAGGCCACCAGUAAACCUUCUCCGGCGUCGACAGGUAAACUUUUGCAUCCCAGAGCUGUGUGAUAAAUUGUGUGUGAUGCAUUUAUUACUGUAUUAGAUCUAUUGCACCUUUGCUUACUUCAUAGUUUACUUGUUUUUGACACAUAUAGUUCUAAAUGUGGACAUUAUUAUCAUUAUUAUUUUUUUUAAAGGUAUGAUAUUGGUUGAUUUUAUUGCAGUUCUAUGAUAGUUUAGUUAGUGUAACUUUACACUAUCUGUUAUUGUCGUUGAAAUUGAAAAUAGCCACUUUUCUGAGGUUCUUUACCAUUGAAAGAGUAAUACAAUAAGCGGCUACCUAAUUAUUGAGUAGGUUUUACCACACAUAUACCUUGACUGAAUGUGGUACAAUUUUAGUACAUCCUGCAACAGGUAAUCAAUACAAGGUUGUUAUCACGUUGUACUUGAAAGUAGUCACAGAUACUAGUGUCUAAUUCACUGGAGUAAGAUUAGAAAAUAUCGUGAGUAAUUUAAUCAAGAUUCAGUGGUUAUGUGUUCCUUUAGUGUCUCUUAAACCUGAUCUAUAGGUAUAUUGUUGUUUGAUUAAUUUUUAGAAAUCACAAUUUUCAUAUUUGAUUAACCUAACCUAGCCGUAUUAUUAAUUAUAUUUAUAUAUUAUGUACAAAUUUGUGUCUAGGAGUUUGAUACUCACUUAGGGAGAUGGGUUGAAUGUUCUUUCUUCUUUAAUUGGGUGUAUGAAAAGGCUUACUAGGGAGAGGUAGCUGCUUAGUAAUUGCAGAGACUAAGGAAUUAUUUUGCACUAGUGAAGACAACAUUAAUUCUUCUUACAAUUGUUCUUCCAGUCAGUGGCCUUAUUAUUUACUUAGAAUUAGGGGUAUGUGUGAUGGAAACAGAAAAGAUUGACUGGAAUGAUGGUUGUGUGAGUAUGUAGUGCAGAGAAUGGCUGGGCGCGUAUGUCAGGAGAGGUAGUGCCAGAAGAGAAUAGGGUUUACUUGCAUCUGGCGGUAUCAGUUGUGACGGGUAUUGGAUUGUUAUUGGUUCUUUGAUUUUAUGAUCAUAGGAUAAAAUUUGAUUAUUUGAUGAGUGAAUAGGUAAGGAAGUAUUAUACAAAGGUAAAAUUAAUGGCAGUUAUGAUUUAUUGCCAAGUAGUUCAAAUAAAGGCAGUUAUGUUCUUUGUUUUCAUCUAAGGAAAUAGCACAGAUUAUUUCUAAUGUAUUAUGAUAAGUACUUUUUCAAAGGAAAAUAUUUCUUUCGAAGUAGGCAUUACUUUAAUCUCAUUUCUUAGAUACCUGGGACUUGCAUUUUUAAUAUAACUUAUGUACUAUUGUUAGAAGACAUAUAUUUAUAUUUGCAUUUAUAUACAAUAACUUUUUCCCUUAUAGUGUUCCUAUUUUUAUUUUCUUUUUUGAUAUAUUAUAUAAUUGAAGUGUCUGGCAAGCAGUAAACAGGUAGUCCAUGAGUAUGUAUUGUGAGGAUGCUUUCAUUUAAUUUUAUGGUGAAUUUUAUGGCGAAUUGCAUGACUCCACGCUUUUCCUUACUACACUGCAUGCGUUUCUCAUAGUUAUUACUUUUUAAUCUUAUAGUGUGUGUGUUUGUGUGUUUUUUUUGCAUUGUUAUAUAUCUUUUGUAAUAUGUAUUGUUUUAUUAAAAGAUGUUUAUAAUAAAAGUUUUGGAAUUC